AUGAGGAGAGAGUACCUAAUGCAGAAUUUUCGUGAUGCCAUUAAAGCUUGCAAUUUAAGAGACAUGGGGUUUAAAGGUUGUGCAUUUACCUGGCAGCGAGGGAAAACAAUGGAAACGGUAAUCCAUGAACGUCUUGAUAGGUUCUUGGGGGAUGAUGCGUGGUGCCAACUUUUUCCCCAGUUUGAGGUUAAGCACUUGGUGAGAAUUACAUCCGAUCAUGCACCUAUAAUGAUGAACACAACUGUUGUUUUUGAUCGUGGGAAAAGAAGCAAGCCAUACCGGUUUGAAGCUUGGUGGUUAUCAAAUGCAGAAUGUGAAGAAGUGGUUGAUACGACAUGGAAGGGUAAUGCUGAGGCUAAGCCGCAUGAAAAAGUGGCAUUGUGUGCAAGCUCUCUUACUUCAUGGGCUAAUAAGAAGUUUGGAGAUAUAAAGAAGAAAUUGAAAGAUCGUGAAAACAAAUUAAAAGAGGCUCAAGGGGCGGUUUUGGAUGGCUAUUUACUUGAGAAAUGUGAGAGGCUUGCCGAGGAAAUUGCCGAGUUGAGGAGGAUGGAGGAAUCUUAUUGGUUUGCAAGAGCUAGAGCAAACGAGAUGAAAGAUGGUGACAAAAAUACUGCUUAUUUUCACAGAAAGGCGAGCUACUGA